UGGAGCUGAGGACCGAACCCUUGUGCUUACUAGGCAAGCGCUCUACCACUGAGCUAAAUCCCCAACCCUUAACUCCCUAUCUUAAUAAACACAAAUUUUGUAGUACUUACAGAAAAGACAUAUUAGUAUUUCUAACAGCGAGGUCCCUGAAGUUGAUGGACAUUCAUUUGUACGGGCACUGACACACCCACCGCGCCGCUUGCUGAUCUCUGCAAACCUCGCUUACGUACCUUCCUUCCCAGAGACUUUAGGCUCCCAGAGAUCCUCUGGUCCCGCCCCCACCAUCCUACUGGCCGAGCACCAUCGGGGCUCUACCCUAUUGGGUAUGCGGUUGUCGUCAGAAAGAUCAACCAACCGGGAUCAGGCGAAGUCAGCUAGUCCCGGACCAGGCGCGUUCUACAAACGGCUUGAGCGCCGCUGUUCCAGCGGAUUUUGCUGCUAGGUGAGUCGCCCGUGUCCUGGGCGUGGUGGGGCAUUCUGGGCGAUUGGAGAGGCCGCAGCCGGAGCGUUGCUCGCCCACCCCUUUCCAGGGGCCCCUGGACCCAAGCAGCCAGCGGGACUUCAGCUUGCGGUCACCUCUUCCCCAGAGUUUAGCCGAGACGGUGACCUCCCUCGGGGACAGCCUCGCCCACAACCACUGGCCAGAUGGAGCCCAGCGCCUCAACCAGGAGGCUUUUCACCAUCGAUGACUUUGAAAUCGGGCGUCCUCUGGGCAAGGGGAAAUUUGGCAAUGUGUACCUGGCUCGGCUCAAGGAAAACCAUUUCAUUGUGGCCCUGAAGGUCCUCUUCAAGUCCCAGAUAGAGAAGGAGGGAUUGGAGCACCAGCUUCGAAGGGAAGUGGAGAUCCAGGCGCACCUACAACAUCCGAAUAUCCUGCGCCUGUACAACUACUUCCACGAUGCUCGCCGGGUGUACUUAGUCCUGGAAUAUGCCCCACGGGGCGAGCUCUAUAAGGAGCUUCAGAGGAACCACACGUUAGAUGAGCAGCGGACAGCCACGAUAAUAGAGGAGUUGGCAGAUGCCCUGACCUACUGUCAUGAGAAGAAGGUGAUUCACAGGGACAUCAAGCCGGAGAAUCUCCUGCUGGGGUUCAGGGGUGAGGUGAAGAUCGCGGACUUUGGUUGGUCUGUGCAUACCCCCUCUCUCAGGAGAAAGACAAUGUGCGGGACUCUGGACUACUUGCCCCCAGAAAUGAUCGAAGGGAGGACAUAUAAUGAGAAGGUGGAUCUGUGGUGUAUUGGGGUGCUCUGCUAUGAGCUGCUGGUGGGAAAUCCACCCUUCGAGAGUAGCACUCACAGCGAGACAUACAAACGCAUCCUCAAGGUGGAUUUGAGGUUUCCUCAUUCAGUGCCUGUGGGGGCCCAAGACUUGAUCUCCAAGCUUCUGAGGUACCAUCCCUCCGAUCGGCUGGACCUGGCCCAGAUCCUGAAGCACCCCUGGGUCCGGGCCCACUCUCGUAGGAUCCUGCCUCCUUGUAGUCAGCCUGCCUCCUGAGCCCUGCCCCUAUUCCUUUGUGUUUAUUCAGGGAGCUCUCCAGGCUCUGUUACCUCAUCUGUUUUGCUUGUUUUCUCAUUGAAGAUGCUAAUUAAACCUGAUUUAAUAUCUUUU